CUCGACGGUCAACGUUGCUCAAUGGCCCCAUCCGGAAAAAUCGGCUGCAGCCUCCACACUGAAGCCUCCCUCCUUAGUGCCAGUAUGCGUUUACGCGCUGGGGACUACCAACAGCUUCGCCAACCGCAGAGCCUUGACCCCAGGCAGGCGGUAACGCAAAUGACCGUCCUGUCUGUACCUCGAGAUGGCUAUUUUGGGACUUGACAUCCGCAUGGAGUGUUGAAGCGCUGAAACAUCCACUGCGACCAUGUCGUUUUAAAGCAUGGUCAACCCCCCCUCAAACUAUCUUCAUUCAAGCACGCAAAGGCAGCUCCUAUUCCUCAUCGUUCAUUUGUCUCAAGGGUCAGGCACUCCUGUAAACGCAGUUUCUAUACAUUCUGUGCUCGACUUAUUACAACGUCGUCGGCUCCCGCGUACUUCAGAGCAUCCAGCCAUACCAUAGAAGCAUAAUCGUAAACCGCCAACAUGAAGAUCAACCCGGCGCCUCUCCACCUCGCUCAAACAGUCCUUGCGGGUCUUGUAAUCGUAUUCAGCAUCGCCAUUCUUGGCACAAGCGCGCACACCCUUGAUGUCUUCAACAAACAACAAACCUCAAACCCAUGGUGGCUCCCCAUGUGGCCACAGCACUUCGACAUCCAAGGAACAAAAGCCCUCGUCGCUUCGUCCGUCAUCACGCUCGCGCUCUCCUCCGCCUUCCUGAUCGCCACCUUCCUGCCUAGUUUGCAACUCGCACAAAAGCACACCCUCCGAGCCGCCCUCUCACUCGCCACAAUCCUCCCUUCGCUCCUGCUCACGCUUAUCUCCACAAUCUGGGCACACAUCUUGAACCGUCAAACCCCAGAUCUUGACACAAUUCAGACCUGGGCGUGCAAAUACCAGCACUCAUCACCGCUCAAGCAAGACCUGACCAUUCCCUCAAACAUGGGCAACAGCAACUUUAGCUCGAUCUGCCGCGAGAGCCGGUUCGCGCUCUACGGCACCCUGAUUACGUUCUUGUUGCUCGGAUUCAGCAUGGUAUUGAGCUUUUUGUGCUGGGGUGCGGACAAGUAUGCUGCCAGGCAGAAGAGGAAGAAUGGUGGUGUGGAGGAGGGGAGUGUGAGUGAGUUGAACUAUGUGCCUAAGGCGUACGCGCCAUGAGAGUCAUGAUGGGGCUUGUGUGGGCUCUGGUGAGUGACUGAGCGACCGAGGUAUUGGGUUGUGAGAAUCUGUUAUGUCAGUAUGAUUUGGGAAGGCGUUUUGGCGCAGCGAUUCCUGUACGCAGGGUUGAGGUCACGGCAAUGUUAUGGUGUUAAUGUAUCUUGUGUUCAACGUUAAUACAAGCCUGCAGUCAUGCGCUUUGUGGUUCGGCUGGUGUCGUGAAGACUGAUUUCCAAGAAUGGUAUGUACCUCGCA